GUUGCCAUGCCAACUGGCUACCGCUUUGUUCUGUAAUGUUUUUCUAUUUAAAUGUUCAACCACAUUUCAAGUAUUUCAACUUUCAAAACAUUUUGCGAUGGACAGGUUUUUAGGCUUAAUUUAUGAAUUACUUUAGAACUAAGAGUGAAACAUUUUUUGAAUUCAUUUAGUGCUGCUAUUUUGAACAAUGUUAUUAACAUCCCUUAUUAUCCUUCUAUUCUGGAAUCGCAAUGCAUCUUCCUUUAAUUUAGAGGAUAUAAACUUGCCGUUGGAACAUAUCCCAUAUUUCUUUAAUUCAUUUCCUACCUAUGCUGAAUCUUGUUCCAAGGACGUUAACUGCCCAUAUACGUCAUUACUUACUAAAGAGGCAUGCUGGGGCUAUGAUACAAGCAAUUGUAGGAAAAAUAAUUCUUAUCACGUGCGUCCUCGUUGCCCUGGAGAUCACAAAGGUUGGGUUAAAACGAAAGAAGCCCAGUAUGAAACAUUUUAUACACAAGCAGACUUUGGUUAUAUAAAAGAACAAAUUGAUGAGCUUAUGGUAUUGUGUGAAGCGUCUGCUCCUGAUGAUAGUUCUCUCGAAUGCUCUAAAUAUUUGAGGUUCUGUAGAGGAAGAAAUCUUAUGCUUAAUUUUACUGGGCUCAUUGGUCGUGGAGAUAAUUUGAGAUACAAAAUGGAUAUCUUGGGUCCUAGACAAAUUGGAGGUCAUUGCACUUUUUACGCAGACAGGUUAAUGAAGGAAGCUGAACACAUGAGUGCUCUGCAGUCUUGGGGCCCUGAGUUUGUUAAUUUUGUGAAAACUCCAGAGAGGCCAAUUACUGACGGGAAGUGUGAUAUUGUUAUAGAAAAGCCAACUUAUAUAAUGAAGUUGGAUGCAACUGUGAACAUGUAUCAUCAUUUUUGUGAUUUCUUUAAUCUGUAUGCAUCUCUGCAUGUCAACUCGACUCACCCAUCAACAUUCUCUAGAGAUAAUAACAUUCUCAUUUGGGAAACAUUUACAUAUACAUCAGCAUUCAAAGAUACAUUCAAAGCAUUCACAAUGAAUCCAAUAUGGGAUUUGAAAAUAUUCAGAGGAAAAGUUGUUUGUUUUAAGAAUGUUGUGUUUCCAUUAUUACCUCGCAUGAUUUUUGGACUGUAUUAUAAUACGCCUGUGAUAUAUGGCUGCGAAAGGAGCGGUUUAUUCCACGCAUUUUCAAAGCACAUAAUACAUUCAUUAAAAAUACCGUUACAUGUACGUACAAAUGAUAAAGUAAGAGUGACCAUACUAUCAAGAGGGACGACUUAUAGGAGUAUUUUAAAUGAAGAAGAGAUAGUAAGAGAGCUACUCAAAGUGAAAGGGUACCAUGUGGAAAGAGUGGUGUACGACAGAAGUGUGCCAUUUACAAAGCAAUUAGAGAUGACGCAUAAUACGGAUGUGUUUAUAGGAAUGCAUGGAGCAGGAUUGACACAUUUACUGUUUCUGCCUGAUUGGGCAUCAGUUUUUGAAGUUUAUAAUUGCGAGGAUCCCAACUGUUAUUCCGAUUUGGCAAGACUUCGCGGACUUAAAUAUGUGACGUGGACGGAUAAAAAAAAAUUAGUACAACAAGACGAAGGUCACGGCCCAGGCGGUGCGUCUCAUGCGAAAUUCACAAAUUAUUCGUUUGAUGUGAAAGAAUUUCUGAGGUUGGUGGAAAUAUGCGCGUCAUACGUGCGAGAACGAGACGAUUUCAGGAAUUUCAUUCACGCAUCGGUUGGUCGUGAUGAAUUAUAGAAAUUGCAUAUGUGCCUCUUCUAACGUCUUACUUAAUAAACUAUGAAAUAGAUAUGAGAAUUAUGUGAUUAAAAUGAAUUAAAAAAAUCAUAGAUAUGCUUGAAAUGAAAUAGGUAUUAUUUAUCAAAUCAAAGCUGUCUUUGACCUAUUGUAUGGUGAAUACAUAAUACAAACAGCUUAGUGAGCUUAAAAAUAUAUCAAUUUCCACGUGUUAAUUACGUUUUUGAUUUUGGAACGAAAAUUUAAAAUUGAACUUUAUGUCACUAAAACCGUCACGAUUUUUUCAUAAUUCUCGCAAAUUCUUAGUACUUCAAUCAAUUUACUUAUAGUUCGUUAUAUCUUGUUUAAACAAUUGAAAUUCUAGAAAAAUGUUCUAGCAUAAUGACAUUAACAUGUUUAAUUUAAAUCUUGCUUUCUAACACUGCGGUACGUCAUAUUUGAAAAAUGCCAUUUUAUUCGUACCAAUACAAACAAAUAGAUUAAUUCUCAAAUAUUCCGUUCAGAUUAAGGCGCGUUCAAGUAUUAUGUAAGUUUUAGUAGUCACGAAAGGUAUUGGAUACAGAAACGUUACGGCGGGUUUCAUGGGGGGAGUCAAGAAUCUCCAAAAAUUGCGUGACGUAAAAAUUGAACGCCCCCUUACGUGGACUUCUAAAUAUUAAAUUUACUGAAUCUCUUCAUUUUACGAUCAGAGGGUUUGGAUAAGAACCCAUGGUUCGUGGAAUACGUUUAUUCCACGCUUUGUUCUGAAGCUGCACUAUAUUAAUUACGGGUGAAUUUUCGUUGAACUUGCUCAUUGUUGGCAGCGCCAGAGUGUUGCGCUUAAAGCACACUCGUUCUGAAAGAACACAACAACAACAGGCACUCCGAACUCAGUACACCCGCAGUUGACACAAGUUUUGUUACCACAGCACUGUUUUGAGCCUGACUCAAUGAUAAUUCUGCGCGACCGGAGUAGUCACAGCGCGCCGACACUUCUCUCGGCUAGUCUAAUGCACUAUUACCGCCUGGUUGCAAUGCGUCCGUCCCAUUGCGGCCUAUACGCACUCGUAAUGUGCCCCCUUCACCGGAUCUGUCGCACCUUAGACCUGAAGCCUCAUCCUCUUGAGCAAGGUCCACGCCUUCUUCUUUUGGAUUAUACAUGCUUCAUUGUCGUUCGAUCCAUGCAGUUAAAUUAUUAUUGCGAUAGUUAAAUUAUAUUAUUUUCUAGAAUGUACUUCGAAUGUGUCAACUACGAGUAUACUAGUAGAAUAAGAUAUAUUGCUGUCCGUAACAAUAGUAUGGUUAUGGUCCGUCAAUACCAUUUUUAACAUAAGAUAAUAUUAAUGCUUCUAAUUUUGUGAUACUAUGUUAAUAAAAAUCAAGAUCUGUAUUAGGCUUCUUGUUAAUAAGUUAAAGCGUUAUUUGUGAACUACGUGAUUAUGAAUUUAAUAAAAUGCUUCUGAAUCUC